AUGACUUCCCUCAAGGUUCCCGACGGCGGAUGGAUGCUGGCAGGCUCCGCAGACCAGGAGUCUACGCAGCUGCCUCAAGCAUUCGUCGUCAACUUGUCUGAUGACGUCGUCGAGCAGAUGAUCCAAAGCGCCCGCAUCGGGGACGAUCUCGAAUUGGAGUUGGGAAAACGCCCUAUGCUACAUUACGGACCCAAUACGCAUCGAAUACCGGCUCCCGAGGAGGAAGUCCCUUUCGAUCUAUAUCUCACAAAACCGUUUGAGUCGACUCGCCGUGCUGAGCGACUACCACAUGCGGGAUCCGUCUUCAUCAAGCCCAAGCCCCUUCGCGUCUCUGGAAAGCAGGGUGUGCCGAGCACGAAGGAAGUCGUUGCCGGCAAGAAGCCCUUGUCCAGCAAAGCCUCGGCGGCUUCUGCGCUUGAUUUUGACAUUGAGGCCCUGCAAAAUGGGCUGGCAGCUCAUGAUGCUGCCCGCGACCGCGCUCGUGUCGUCGAAAAACUGCCCACCGGCAAGGGCGCUACCAAGACCAAGAACAAGGUCAAACCUUUGGCCAAUUACGCGUCUCCCCCCAAGUCAAUAACAACAUCGCCGGCGUUGAAUGCCACCCGCUCGCCGAACCUCACGCCGCAAGUGUCAGCCUCACAGCAAGUCAUGGAAAGGAAGAGAGAGCAAAGAUUUACGUUGGUCCACGAACUGGCGGUUACGGAUCGAAUGACGGACUAUUUGAAGAACAAGUGGACUGGAAAGGAGGAAGAUUUUCGGCCAACUUUGGAAAAGAUGGCUGAUUUGAGCACCGAUUCCAAGAAAUGGACUAUGAAAAAGGCAUGCUGGAAGGAACUUGACGUUUGGAAGUACGACUACGGUUCCCAAGACGACCGCCAGACAGCGAUUGACAAUGCUGUUCGACAGUAUGACAAGCAGCGGCUAUCAUCCUCUGAAGUUGAGUGGCAACGCUUGUUGCCCAAGGAAGAACGAGGCAAGGGGAAGUGCUUGAGUCGACUGCAGGCCAACUUGGCAAAAGGUCCCGCGCAAGCAGCAACGAAGGCCAAGGCCGACAAUUCUGGCCCCAAGGACGACACGGAUGGUGUCGAGAAUGAUAAGACCAAGUACGGGGGUGAAGGCAUGUCUCGGUCUAACUCGGCUUCGUUGCGAGCCAAGUCAAACAAGCUCUCGGCCCAGGAGGCUCAGACUAAAAGACUGCUCAGCAAUUCGAAAUCCACAGCCGCCGCACCAAAGACGUCUCCUUCCAAGGCCAGAGCGGCAGCCAGGGUCGAAAAACGGGUGCUUUCUGCAGCCAUUAUUGAGAAUUCAGACUCAUCUGGCGACGAGGCACCCAUUGUGAAACCAAAGCCGGCGCCAACUCAAGGCGGUAAAGCCAAGGACACUGUCAUUGUGAACACUCGACCGUCGGCACCAGCAAGAGAACCUGUCAGGAGGCCACCUGUGAAGCGGGCGAGGGAGGAAUCCGAUUCGAGCUCCAGCUCCGGCACGCCUUUGUCGAAACGCAUCAAGCCGAAGCAACCACUGCCCGCCCCCGGUCCCAGGGCGGUCGCCGCGAAGGGCAGUCGGCAACUGCAAGCCCGUGCAGCGCCGUCGUCAUUCAGAAGCAAAAACACGAACAAUACGUCUCCGACAAAGUCGUCACCGCUUGCUUCGUCCCCACCUACAAAUGCAUCAGACCUGGGCGAGGAGCCACCGGUUUCAAAGAAACGAAAGGCAGACAAAGAGGAGAAGCCAAUAUUGGCGAAGCGUCGAGCUGUCCAGAGUGUGCCGUCUGAUGUCUUGAACAAGGCACACAAGUUCAAGACGUACUAUCAGCAAUAUGAGAGCUUGCACUACGAGAUUACGGCGCUCGACAACCCACCGCACGAGAAGCUCGCCAGCCUGCUAGACCUGCGGGACAGACUGCAAAUCAUGAAGCGCGAGAUUUACAAGCAAUACUCUUCAGAAAGAGAGUGA